CUUGCAUUUUCACUUUCCCUUUUCCCCCCUUGCGUUUCUUCUUCCAGUUGCCCUCCAGCCGUGUCUCUGCACCUUCGAUCGCCGUUGCCCUCUUCGUCGUCUCCGUUGAAGGUGAUAUCUGCUGGGCGAGCGAGUUAGGGCUUCUCUGUCUUCGGUGUGGUUGCGAGCCAAGAAGCACAUUCGACUAUUUUCUUUUUUUCCUUUCCAAUCCCGCAACUGGUCGAGUUACAGGUCGUGGUGGCAGAGGAGGUAGGACGACAUCAUCUACCCCCUCUGGUAGAGGUCGUACAGCUUCCUCAUCCCUCCCUCCACUUCGGAUAGGAUCAUCACCAUCUAGCACUGACUCUGUUAUGGGAAGUGCAGGACUUCCUCACACUCCCACUGACCCGAUGGGGCCGACACAGCAGACUGCAUCCCCUGCAAGCGAGGUAGGAGAUGCUGCUUCGGCACUUCAGCCAGAGUGGGGGAGGUGUGAUCCACAGACUAAACGUAUAUGGGUUCGUCCUUUAGGCACCACAGAGUUUGAACCUUAUGAUGAGAUCAUGAAAUUCAUUGAUAAUCAAAUAUUCCGUAAUUUUAAACAUGUAUGGAGCACCUGGGGAGACGUUCCUAAAGAAACUCGAGAAGGUUGGAUGAAUGAAUUCCUAGAUCAUUUUAGGUGGUUGCCUGAGGAUCGCCAUAACCUGGCAAGAGCUUGGCAUCACAAAGCCACCACAAUGUUCGCAGAUAAAAUGGAUAAAGUAAGACAUGACAAGGGCAAAAAUGCAGGGACAUUGACCAUUGUGCCACUCCUUUAAUGAAAAUUUACCUUAU